AUGGAUAACACGCCUACAUCCAUCAAUAUCCCCGAGCAGCGCCAUCGGCCAGUCAAGGCCGAGGCCGGGUCCUCGCCGUCGUCGUAUUCGAGCUCCCCGAGUUCACCAGAGCCGUCUCCAAAGACGCCGUCUCGGGCGUCGCAUAACCAGAAGCCGCUGCAUUCCAGACGCCCGAGCUUGCUGAGUUCAUCACCUACCUCUCUUCCGGUCAAGGCUUUGUCUGGAACCCUGAGAUCUUCGUACCAUCGUUCUGCGACUACGACUACGUGCCACUCGAGCAGCGCCGCGAUCCGGUGCAUGAAAUUCACCUGA